AUGCCUACCACCUUGAGCACUACCGAACCUUCGGUCUCUGCUUCUGAGGUGGACACUCCAGCUUCGGACGCAUCCCCGGCACCCGAGAAGCAACCGCCGGCCAGGUCCUCGGUCAAGUCGGAGACUGACGAGCACUACACCCCUGUUGUGUCUGAUAUUGCACCACACACCCUAAAAGCAUAUCCACUGGACCGUAUGCCCUCGACCGAGCAAGCUUCUGCAACUGCUCGCACACGUGACGCCUUGCCUGCUCCUCCCGUCGCUGUCUCACCGCGUUGUGAACUAUGCCGAAAACAACGACAGAAAUGCAACUUCACCAGUACAUCAGGGAAAUGUGACAGGUGCUCCAAAGGUGGCCACGAAUGUCGCUUAGUUGACUUCGUGCAACGGCGCCCUUACGUUUCUCGUCUUACCAGAGGGUCUCGCCUGAAGGAGUCUGGACAGCGACAGUGUGCUGCACCCAGCGUACAGCCACAGCGUACAAUGGCUCGCCGUAAAGUCACGGCGUCGAAGCCCACAGCUCAGGCGCCGGUCGAGCCUGAGUCUGAUAACUCGGAUUCCAAUGCGUCAAUACCUCCAACCCUGCCAACUGCGCGAAAGCGAAAGCGAAAGAACGCAUCAACUAGCGAACAGGUUCAAGGUGAAGUAGUUGGUCAGCUUCGUGGCACAAUUGUCAAGAUGGACGAGGAGUUUAAGGAAAUCCUAAAGGAUGUCCAGGAGAAGCACGCACAGGAGCUCGCAGCGUUGCGGGCCAAGUACGAGCGGGCCAUGGAUGAUCUGGUCCAUAUGACAAGAAGUCAUGAACGAAGGGUAGACGACUUGAUCCAGAUCAUUAAGAGUAACGAGCGGAGGGUAGAUGACCUACUUGACACCAUGAAGGCCAGAACGCGCACAUGA